AUGGCCCUGGAACGCACCAAUUCCUAUCGCCUCCAAUACUCUGCUGGUCCGUUAAAGUGGAAUGAAACUGUCGCAGCACGGGCGCAGACCUGGGCGAUGGGCUGCGUGGCAGAUCAUCCUCCUCCGCCGCGAGAGGAUGGGCAGAAUAUCUUUUGGUACACCUAUAGUGGUGGCAAACAGCCCGCGCUACAGGAUAGCGUGGUGGCGGAAGCAAUCGAUCUGUGGGCUUCUGAGGAAGCUGCAUACAAUUAUGCUUCCCAUGUAUACAGCGACGAGACUGGACACUUUACACAGCUUGUAUGGCGCGCUUCCACCGAAUUGGGCUGCUAUUUGCACGACUGUGAGGGCAGGGGGAACCUGGGACUGUUUUUCGUCUGCGAUUAUUACCCGCCCGGCAACUAUGCCGGACGCUUCGAAGGCAAUGUCGGUCAUAGAGAGCAUAGUUACAGAUCGUAA